AUUGUCCCCAAUCGUCCACCCCGUGACAAAUGCAUUAUUGGAAUACAUUAGGUUGGCUAAUGUAACCUGCGACUUGGAGUUGCCAGUUUUAUUGGGUAAAUCCAGAAGCCAGUUUAUAAUAUAAUAAUUAUAUAUUUUAUGAAGAUUUUGAAACUGUAACAUUGAGUUUUGUUUUCGGUCCAAAUACAAUUUAGUCACUGCUUCUUUAUACUACAUACUAUACCAGUUAUCUGGCUGACAUUAAAUAGUUACUAUACUAUACUUUAUUGCAUGUAGAUAUAUAGAGAACACAUGUCUGAAUGGAGUAUUUACACAUUAUGUUACUCAUAUUUCAAAAAUAUUUCAAGCAGAGAAGAAAGGUUAUAUAAACAGUGUAAUCUUGUUACCCUCCAAGCCACGUCUACUGCAUCAGUCAAUCAACAUAAUCUAUGUGAGGUGCUAGUAGCAAAAGAGGGACAAUUAAUGUGAAGCAUCCGAUUAACACAGUCAAUUCGACCUUUGCUGCCCCAUCUGCCGUUCCCUUGCCCUGCAAAUCCAAUUAUGUUCUUAUGUCCCCUGGUCUAAAAAUAGUUGAAAAUGAAGCAGAAUGCAGAAACUGCACGUCAUUAGUUGUCAACAAAUGACGUUACGAAGCUGAUGUGUCCUUAGUGUGGGGCCGUUUGAUCUGCCAUGAGGAAAUAACCGUGUGCGACAAGCUGCCAUGUAGGACACCGGGACGAGGGAACGGUGGGUGGAAUGGCAGCAGAGGAAGAAGGAUUAGGUCGGUUAGGUUAGUGGCGGAUGCAUGAAGAAACUUGACCAGAGUCUUUACAGAAACCGGAUGAAAUAAGGUACAUUGCGUUAUGUGUCAAAAUGAAGUUGUGAUGUUUGUAGUCUGUACUUUUAGUCGUAGAAGCACCUAUAGGCCUAGGGAUAUGUGUUGCAGACACAGUUCUGGAAGGGGCAUAAGAUGCAGCAGCCUUUUUAUAUCCUGCUUUUGUCACAACACAAUUUUCAUUUGGGAAGUGGAAAAGGGUGCAAGACAGCAAAUAGAGAAACAGCAACACUCAAACCUGGUUAGUAAUUACUAAUAUGAUUAUGUGUGCAUAAAUUCAAAUUAUUGUCCUUUUUCACACAAUAUGUGUUGACGUGUAACAGUAGGCAAAGCACUAAAUGAAAGGUGUCGGAAUUCCCUUUGCUGCUGUGGUUUCAGGGUAGUAGGAACAGAAACAUCCUUCAUGUUACUUGUAACACAUGUGGUUUUCCAGUUAUACGAGUGAAGACGUCUACUGUGAAGAAGACCUCUUCUGAUUCCUGCCGACAAGGUUGUCCAGGUGGAUCAAAAGUACAUUGGAUUAUCAGAUCACAGUUAAAGUAGUGGAUUUAAAUCAGUUACAGUAAUUGAAUUAAAUCGAAGCAGUAAAGUCAUCAGAAAAAGACAACUAAAUAACAUUGAUUAAAAAAACAUCAAACCCAAUAAAGAUUCUUCCUUUUUGUGGUAUCUUCUACUAUGAGAAGGAAUCGGAUGAUUAUAAUUAGACCUUUUCUGAGGGCAACAUCCGGAUGUUAAUCUGAUUGUAAAACUAUUUUAAAAAAGCCUUGUAGGUUACCAUGGUUGCCGAGAACCAUGCUAAUACUUAUCAGGGAUUAGUUAAUCAGGCUGCUCUUCUUCCUGUUUUGUGACAUAAAUGAUCCCAAUAGCUCAAAUAAACAGAAUGAACUCGAACAAGUUGAUGUGGAAUAUAAGAGUAAACUGACAACCAAAAAAACCCACACACAAAGUACAGAUAUGAUGUUUCUUUUUGUCUCAAGAUUUAAACUUAAACUUCCUCUGAUCUUGUAUUCAAUAAUCUAGUCAAACAAAAAGAGAGCUGUUGCUUUCCAUUCUGCAUGUUUGGUCAUUUUAUAUUGAACUAGAAAAAACCUAGGUUGUGGACUGCAGAGACUGCUGUAUUCCGAGGAUCAAAGCAAAGAAAACAGUUGGAUUGUCUCACAAUUAGAUAGUUUACUCAAUCUUAAGCUUGUCCAUCUCAAACGCCGACCUCUGACGUCUCAACGUUAAUUGUGCCAGUUGUACUUAGCGGUGGGAUUCGAGCCAAUGAUGACAUUCCGCUCCUUUGUUAAGAAAUAACACGGCUUAUCUUUCAGUGUACCGUGUUGUGCUAUACAACAGUAUUAAUCCAGGUAACAGGUUACUUAUUAAUGUGCAUAAUUAAUGCAACUAAAGUAGAACAGAAACACAUUUCCCACAUGUAACACGGCAGUUCAGUCUUUCCACCUGCAGCAUCAAGUGUCUGUCUCUGCUGUGUCUGUCGCAGCAGAAUGGGUACAUUUGUGACCCUGGCAGAAGUGUUGGAGGGCCGGGGUUCAAAACUGGAUGAGGAUGAGGUCUGGUGUCUGCUGCUCGCCACCACUGAGGCCUUACUGGCCGUUUCCAAGAAAGGCUCGGGCAACAUGUGCAGCGUGCUGAGCCCAGGCUCGGUGCUUCUGUCAGGCAACGGGAGUCUGGCCUUCAAGAGCUGUGCCCGGUACGAGGACGUGGCCUCCUUCACAGCUCCUGAGAUCCAGCAGGGGCAGGCUGCCUCCACCAGGACUUCAGCAGAAAAGAUGGUUGUCUAUUCACUGGGGAUGACUCUUUACUGGUGUGUUGAUUAUCAUCUACCUCAAAACCAGCCGGUCCAGAUGAGUGCAGAGCUGGAAGGUCUGCUGCUCAGCAUGUGCGAGGACAUGGUGGUGAGGCGGACCGACCUGCUGACGGUGCUGGAGACCUGCGAGCUCCACCACAGGGCCUCCAUGCUACCUCCUGCCGAUCGGCUCAUCAGGCAGCUGGUGGAAGACGUCUACAGAAACUCUGUUGAUCAUGUGUCCAUGGCUGAAAAUGGAUCCCGGCUAACAGACCGCAGUCAAUUGAUCAGGGACAGAUUGCACAGAGGCUCUUUUAGUAACUCAACAUGGGAGCUGAACAAGAAGAUUUCCAGAACAUUCUCCGGUGCAUCUUAUUCUUACGGGCCAUCAGGGAUUCCCCCAGGAGGUCAACACAGGGAGAGUUACGGCAGCUGGCAACAGCUAAACCGCAGCCCCCGCACGCCAUACGUGGAAGGUAACCGCAAAGCCAUCUCAAGAUCCCUCGCACAGUUCGAAUCCACAAUGAGUUUCAACGACAAGAAAGCAAAGGACAUGGGUCCUGAGUUUAUUAGAACGUUAGAGGAGCCGCUGGUUGUCUUAGAGCUGCCUGGAUCCAUUUUGUCAAAAAAGGGGAAAUCUCCCACCACUCAGAGAGAGCUGAGCGUGGUGAUGCCAAAUGGCCAAAGCAUCCUGGUCAAGUGUGAGGUGAAGUCCAGUGCAGGGGACAUCUUUGACAUGAUUGUGGCUCACUCCAAUCUGGUGGAACAUUUCUACUUUGCCCUGGCCUAUAUUGACGAUAAUGAGUUUUUCUUUCUGGACAAUGACACCAAGAUUUCCAAAGUUGCUCCAGAUAGCUGGAAGAAAGUGCCUACAACCACCUUCGUCCUUUUUUUGAGGAUCAAAUUUUUUGUCAAUGACAUUUGUCUCUUGCACAAGCAGACCUGCCACCAGUAUUACCUCCAGCUCAGGAGGGACCUUUUGGAGGACCAACUGUCCUGCCAUGAGGAGACUGCUCUUUACCUGGGAGCGCUGGCCCUGCAGUCGGAGUGCGGAGACUGCAUGCCGGAGGUAUACGGUAAAAACUACUACCGCCCUAACCAGUAUGUCUCCAAGAGCGUCAUGGAGAAACGCGCCUUGCCUCUCAUUCAGGCGGAGCUACUACGCCUCCACGCCAACAACGCUCAGAUGCUCACCGACGAAUCAGAGCUUGAGUUCCUUAAGGUAUGUCAACAGUUGCCUGAAUAUGGAGUUUUGUUCCACCGUGUGAUUCGUGAAAAAAGGCCUUCAGAAGGGGAGAUCAUGCUGGGAGUUUGUGCCAAAGGAGUCAUCGUCUUCGAGGUUAAAGAUGGCUGCCGAUCCACCAAUCAGACUUUCUACUGGAGGGAGGCAGCGACCAUCUCCUCUAAUAGGCGUAAAUUUGUGGUAGAGAGCCGUGUCAGCAAAAAGAAGCACAUCUUUAUCACAGAGAGUUCGAAAAUAGCCCAGUAUCUGUGUAACCUCUGUUCAGCCCAACACAAGUUCAACAAUGAGAUGAUCUCCCGUCAGCUCAGCCACAGCCUGGUCUCAGAGGACAACAUUGUGCAGUACGCCGCAGGGUGUUGCGCUCACAGCAGCCAACACAAGUCCUUCUCCUGCUCCGAGACACCGCAGGACGACAGCGGACUGACCACGCCUCAGGGUGGGUCCCUGAACAAGCUGUGUGAUGACGUUACAGCCCGGAUCGAGGCGCGACUUAAACAGCAGCUGCUUAAUGAGCAGAGUCAGCGCAGCAGCACCGGAAUGCGUUCCCCUGUCUGUUCCCAGAAGAGUGGAUCUAAGGCCCAUUCCGGCUCCCCACCAUUCAGAGAAACCCCAGCGACACAAAGGGCAUCGUCGGAGAGAGAAGUCCUAUGUGUUAACCUAAAGAAAGACCCACAUCUUGGCCUAGGUGUAGUGAUCGUGGGAGAGGACACUGUGGGCCACUAUGACCUGGGUAUCUUUGUUGCUUCCAUUGUGCCUGGUGGACCUGCCGAUAAGGAUGGACGCAUCCAACCAGGUGGUCGUCUGAUCUCUCUGAACCACAUCAGCCUGGAGGGCGUCACCUUUAGUAAGGCAGCAGAGGUCAUGCAGAGCAGCCCAGAGGAAGUGCAGCUGAUAAUCUCACAGCCGAAAGUAGGCCUCAGUCCCAACAAUGUGCGCUCUCCUGUAAUGCGUCAUUACGAGUCUCAGACCACAGUAAUGACGGAUGUCCGAUCAGCACACAACAGCUUAGACGAGAUUGUUUCGGCCAUGAUGACGCCGAAGACAGCCAACCGGCUCAAUGUCCCCCGAGAAGUUCGAGACCUCGGUGCUCAGGACAGCUGCUCACUGUCGGCCCCUCUGCACUGUGUGGAGCCCGAGGAGAUCCCUGUGCAGAUCAGAAAGAUAUCAGGAAGUCUGGGCAUCAGCAUCUCUGGCGGUGUCAACAAUAACCUUCCUAAUGGAGGAAUCUUCAUAAGAAGCCUUGUUCCGGGAGGGGCGGCUGAGAGAGACGGACGAGUAUGUUCAGGGGACAGACUGUUGGAGGUGGAUGGUAUUAGCGUCCAGUGUUUCACCUACCGGCAGGCUGUGGAUUGUCUCAGUAAAACUGGGGAGCUGGUAACCUUGGUGGUGGAGAGAGUGCCGAUACACCCGCUCAGGGUCUCUUUUGGCUCAGAAACCAUUAGAAGUGCAUCCAAUCCCAGCAUCAACCCGGAGAGGAUCAACAGCUGCUCCUCCAUCAGUGCUCCUCCACCCGUGAUCUCUGACCGGCCCAAGGACUACGUCUUUGUCACUGACGAGAACACCCAGGAAGUGACGCUGGCUAAAAGCGACAACAGCCUGGGCUUUAGCUUCCUAAUGUGCGAGCUUGAUCCGCCGACUCGAGACUUUGGCAGCCUAGUCCGGAUAAAGGAGCUUUUUCCAGGUCAACCAGCCCUGCAGAGCGGCAAGAUCCAGGAGGGAGACGUCCUGCUGGCGAUAAACGGCCAGUCCCUCAAGGAGCUGUCCUAUUCAAAGGUGCUAAAGCUGUUCAAGAAUGCCCCGGCGGAGGUUCGACUGACUCUCAGCCGGCCUGCUCCAGGGAUCCUUCCUUCCAUUGAUCAGUUCACUGACACAUGAGUGGAACAUCAAGGGAUGUUCAGAAGCAACACAGUGCUUCGUGUCAACCAGGAAGUGGUGAUGGGGGCCGACGGAUGGCUGAACGAUAUGUGUCUCUGGGCUACUGCAUUAAACUCAUCUUAAUGAUGACUCCGAUACUGCUGAAAGGGCAAAAGAGACGGACAGCGCGGCCUCGACCUCUGCAGCCUCUGCUCAGGUCACUGCACGUUGCCGAUGACUGAUAAGCGAAAGAUGUGCAGAGAUGGAUUCCCCCCACCGGUCGUGUCUGCUGACAUCGCCAUCUUCCUGCUGUGCUCAAGGGAUUUCCAACCAAAGGGAGGCUGAGGUUGAAGGAUGAGUUGACCGUAAAAAGGACACCUUAGCCUUAAAUGAGAGAAAGCUGUUGAUCCAUAGUGAAAAGAUACAAACCCAACAUUUGCAUUCAAGCAGUUUACAUCUCGUAAGCCAAGUGUUCAGCAUUCAAGACGUGCAUCAUGUUUAAAACAUGUUUCAUUGUUUGAGUCCAAGGGUGUGGAUAACCCCGUUUGCCGUGCAUUUGGCACACAAACAGGGUUGUUCCCACUCGCAUUGUGUUGUUACAGCCUCUCCGGUGACUGCAAACAGCAGGACACAUUUUAUUAAGUGCUAACAGAAUAUUAUUCUCUUGUACUUCACCACAGAUUAAUAUGCUGGAAUUGAGCCACUGUUAGAUAUGCCAAGUGUUAUACUACAACAAAAAGCAUAAUUUUUCUUUUUAAGAGAGGGGAGCACUGGCCAUUUGCCGUUGGAUUUUUGUCGUCAGCUCCUCCAGGAGGCCCAUGCUAUCAGCCCGUGACUGAGUGUGCUCCCCUUUGUCUGUCCACAGCUAAUCAAACAUUCUGCUGCUGCAAACUGCAGGAGGUUUUGUGGUGACUUUCUUAAAACAGCUUUUAUUUCCAAUUUUAUUUAUAAUGCAUAUACUGCCAGUGACCGUCUGCUGACUCCUCACUCACCUCUGAUGCCAUUUCUUUGCAAUUAAAUUGACCAGUAAUUCAAUCCCCUAAUUGUUGCACUUUUUGAAGCACAUUAUUUAUUCCGUCUAAUUGUAAUGUGAAAGGGCAUUAUUAUGAAUUAUAAAUCAAACUCCACCGCUCCACUCAGCUCACCAGGGUUUAGCUGCAACUUUCUCACUUUUGAUUCAGUUAUGAAGUUUGUUUCGUUGCUAAAGUUACAGGUCUUUGCAAUGGCCAUGAUUCACAUGAAAUGGCCGCUGCUCUGUCCAUUCUGCAGUGGGGAUUUGAACAGCCGUCCAUCCAACUUCAGUCAGAUCCGGUGGUGGGGGAAAGUGGAGCAUUGGCAGCUCAACAGCACAUCUUUCUCGUAGGUGGUCAGAGAGAGAGAAAAAUCAAUCAAAGUGUCUAAAAGGUUACUCGCAUGUUGGCCGAAUCAACUAACGUGAGAAUACAAACAAAAUCAAUUUGGUACUGCCUAAACCUAACAUUUAGUCUUACUCAAGAUCAUCUCCAGAACAAUGUAACAAGAUUUGUCUCCAGUCUGCCCUUAAACACACAGUUAUAAUGUCACAGACAAACUUUGAGCACACAUUCUGGGUGUGACGAGUUCCCACCCACAUGCUGAGGUACAUGGUACUGUGCAUUGUACACUUUUACAAAGAACAGCAUUAUACAGUAACUGGAAUCCAAACGAGUGGUCCGGUCUGCCCUCGUCCUUACCUCAAUAUUAGCAAUGUGGCAUUUAAGAAACUGGCUCUUAAACGCCAUCCGUUGUUUUCUACUGCGUCUCCAACACACAGAUACUCGGGAGCAACAUGCUAGAGUUCCAUCACCCCCAAAAUAAAGUGAAAAACACCAUCCAGACGAAUGGGCAGUUAUGCAGUUUGGCAGGCCUCAAAGACCUCUUUCUGUAUUAAGACAUUGUGAGCGAUUCACAUUUUCCACUGCAGCUACUGUGACGCACUGGCCUGUCCAGAGGCAGCAAUGGAUGCUGGAUGAUUGCAUGCGCCGGGCUGUUUUCCCUCCGUCUUUUGAUGUCACCUCUCGCUAAGCAAUUUACCCAAUUAAACUGAUUGUGCUAAUGUGUAAAAUGGACUGCCACGAUUAAAGGUAAGCCAUGUUGUUUUUGAGAAGGGCCUCAAAUCCAUCACCGUGGCUGCAAGGCCAACCAGCCAGAGGCACGGACUCUUGGAAAAAAAUUGGAAACGUGAAGGGGAGAUCAUCAAAUGUGACUUAUUGCUGGCGAGUGGGAAAGGAUGAUUAUGAUUAUAUCCUGACCAAGAUGGUCGAUAUUUAAAAAUGAAAACAGUGAUAAUUGCGCAUUUUAAUGGAGCAGUCAGCUCAAAGAAUUCUACCUUUCUGGGGCAGACAAGACGGCAAAGGAGACUGAAAAGGUAAUUGAGGGGACGUCGGCGAAAAUAAGUGAAAAGCGAAUUCAAAACAUUGAAUUGAUGAAUAGACUGAAGGAGUAAAUGGGUGUGCACAUGCUCACACUCUUAGGGUAAUGGGGGAAAAUCAAAGGAAAGGCUAGCGUUAUAUACAGCAAGCACAUGAUGUGUCAACAUUGUUCAGUAUGGGAGGUCGCCCCAGGAGAAAGCCGCCUGACGAAAUUCAACAGCUCUAUCAACGGAAAUCCUCAUCCCACAUCCUUCAGGAAAGCAAAACACAACCUGACGAGAUAACCGAGAGCCCCGAGCUGCAGCCCGAGCCAGGGCUUUCUCAGUUUGUGAGGUGGAAAGGAUUGUGAAAGACUGACUCGCUUUGACAUCAGGAAUCCGAUAUACUUCAUGUGUCUGAAAGACCAAGAAACAGUAUCCAAGUGUUGUUAGAUGGUUGAUUUGGCGUGCUUUCACUGCUUGGGGCUGAUAACGCUUUUGAGUGAAGGCAAAAGGUGCAGUGAUUACUUUGUUUGAUGAGAUUCGCAGCUUUCGUCAUCUUUUUUAAGUAAAUAUUAAUUUAACUUUAAGGUAGGAUCUACCUGUCCUGGUAAAGAUGACAGUAAUAUGUGUCGUGCUUAUCUAUUUUAUUGGGAACUCCCUGCAUCACACUUGGUUACACCCUUCUACAUCUGGGCGUCCCUAUCCACUACACCAGUGCUGAGCACCUCCAAUCAGCUAACGUGGCUCUGUCAAAAUAAGAAAUCUUCAUCAAACAUCUAUUGAUGACAAUGUAUUCCCGUGGUAUCUGUUAAAGUUGGUGAUCUCCGUUGCAAAUAUUUUAAGAUAGCAAGCUGUCCUCCUGCUUAGAAAUAAGAUGCUAGAUUUCACAGUGGAGAUGGAGUGUCAGUUACACCUGUUAGUGUGUUGAGUGGAUUGUUCCGCAUUACUAAUUAAAAGGAUUGCACCAAA